AUGACUGCUUUUUCUAAUUUUAUAACUAAUCUUUCAAGGUUUCAUAUAACUGAUCCUGAUUCAUUAGUUAAAACUAGUGAUAUUGCAGCUUUAACAACUCCAGCAGGACUUGCUGCUGUUAGAGCUAAUUUUCAAAUAAAUACCAUCAAUGAUUGCGUCAAUCAGUUUUCAGAGCUUGUUAAAUUAAUAUCUAACGGUCCUCAGCAAUUGCUUUCCAAUAAUUACGCAAUUAUUUCAGAUCUUUAUCCUACAGCUAUCCAAGCUGUUGAAAUAAUCGAUAAUUUUAUGCCGGAAGGCUAUAAGUGUUCUGGCUUCAUGCAAGAGGCCUUUUCGAACAUCCAACAAUUCUCUCAAUAUAUCCCACAACUUACUUCACCUACAGCUACAACAUAUGCUCAGUACAUCCCGCAAUUCCAAGAGACAUUCCAGCAAAUAACCAAUAUUAUUUCGCAAGUUUUACCUGUCGUUCAGUCAGUUCCAGGCGUUGUUUCUCAAAAUGCAGCACCAGUUGAUACGAACGACAAGCAAAUCCAUAGAAUUGCUGCUUUGAUCCAGCUUAAUGAAAAUAUUUUUGUUGAUCUUGUCAAGUUUAAGAACGAUCCUGUAAUAAAUACGAAUGAAACUAUGAAAAAGAACAUCGAUGUCUGGCUUUUGAAAGUCAAUACAUUCGCAAAUACAUUAGUCUCGUUAAUGGGCAACAACUCUGUAGAUUUAUUCAAGGCUUGUUCAGAAAUUACAAAUCCUCAUACAUCCAUCGUAGAUACGUUCAACUCAGUGCUAUCACUAUCUCCUCACUGCUCAUGCUUCACAGAUGCAUCAUCACAUCUCAUGACUUUCAUUCAAAUUUUAUCGGAAGUUCAAUUUUUCUCUACAAACGCAAUUGCUGACAAAGCUUCAAAUAUUAUCGCCCAAUCUGUAUCUGCAAAGGAAAUAGAAUCAAUACAGGCUGCUAUCAAGCAGAUUUCUUAUCCUUUAUCGCUUCGUCCUGAAUUAUUAAUUUAUGGACCAGUCCAUCCUGAACUCAUUUCCUUCAUAAACUCAGUUCUUCAGGUCAACGAUUCGGAUCCAGACAUGUUCUGCAUUACUUCUACGAUUAUUUUGACGUUAUACGCAGUUACAUGCGGACAGGCUGAAUUUUCUUACAAAUUGUUAUCACAGGCGAUCACACAAUGCGUCAAACUACUUUCUGUUAAAUGCUCGGCCUUCAGACAACUUGCUGCAACCGCAUCUACAAUUAUUAGUGCAAACGAAGCCGUUUUCGAUACAAAGAAGCUCGCUCUUAUGAACUAUUACCUUAAUUCAUGCCUUUCAGCGAAGAUUGUUGAUGUUCCAACGAUCAAAUCCCUUCAACCAAUUUUCAUUUCGGUUUCUGCGCUUCCAGCCCAAAUCGAAAAUAUCAGCGAAGGAACAGAGACCAAAGAGAAGUUCGCCGAUUGCGUCGCGGCCAUGAAAACUCUUGGAGCUACGAUUUCUCAUUGGCUUAUCAUUACAGGAUUGACGAUCUCUGCCAUGAUUAUUAACAAGGCCGAUAUCCUCGUCAACCUCCUUGCCUACAUUUCUUCAGCAGCCCAAGUUCAAAAUCCGGCAACUUCAUUAGUUACUUUGUUACAAGGAGCUCCCCAUUAUAUCUUCCUAGAUAUAUCAUCCUCGUACAGAUUAGAUAAGUCUUUCAACGAUUUGGAACAAACCGUGAAAGCAAUAUCUCAACAAACGGACGCACAAAUCAUUUCGGAGCCAGUUAAGGUAUUAUUCGACCAAGCAAAGCCACCAGCAUCAGUUCUAGAGCUUGUUUAUACUGACGAUACCAACAAUUUUUCAGGUCUCUUGUUUAUGGUCGCACAGCGCCUUAUUGGAUCCCUCAAACUCUCUCAGGAGUCAUUGGACAAAAACAUUGGAGGCUUUUUGUUCAACUAUUCCUUUGCUUUGUCAUAUUCCCAAUAUUCUAGUUCAGCUGUAGAAGUCGCUCCACAAAUAAUGGGCAGUAUUUCGACAUUCCCAGCGACAAUCAAGGGCUAUAACGAUGUUAUUUAUCCAGCAUCUAUAGCUCUUAGUCCAACAAAUACAAAAGAUGUCGGAAAUCUCAAAGUUUACAUCGCCGGUGUACUUAAAUCUGCCCAGGAAAUGCAAACAGCCAUCCUCGCAAUGCCACAGCCAUCUAAAACAUACGAAAUUAGUGAGGAAUUGAAGGCAAUCAGAGCAAUGCAAGCACAAAACCAGCAAUUGUCACAAAAUCUCCGACCAUUCGGUGAGAAAAUCAUCUCUAGAGCUGUUGUUACACCCACUGCUCUUCCUAUUCUCACUCCUUUCUUCCAAGUCGCGUCGGAACAACCAUAUGCGAUCUUGAAAGUGGCUAAAAGUGUUGCGGACUACACUUAUUCGAUGAUAUCUGGAAAGAGCGCUCCGGAAUUGUUGAUGUCGAUCCUUCGUUUGAUGGUUUCUUGCGCAGUUCCAAAUAUCGAAGAUUUAUCUAAACACACACAUGAAGUUUUCGACUUCCUUCUUAACGCUUUGGUCUCAUUCACCACAGAAAAAGAGAAAGCGUCCCAAAAUGUCAGAUUAAUUUACGCAAAGGCCAGACAAGUCACUUACAUGGCCAAAUACAUCACAGUUAAAGAGAUUGAUGCCCCACCAUUCGUUCAUGCUUCAAUAGCUAACGUAGUUAUGAAUCUGGCAAAAUUACAAUCUCAAUUUAACGUUGAUAUGCUUUGUUCGGCCUUAGGAGCAUCGUCCUGCUAUAUAGCUCUGGCCAUGCUAUUCCCAGACAAAACUAAUGACAUUGUCGAGUUUAUUCAUGUAAAUGAAAUUUUGUCAACGAUAACAAGGCCGGAUGCUGUUUUAUCAUUGAUCAAACAGGUCGCAGAGAUAUUUGCCAAUGACUCAAAGAACGCUUUCAGUUCCGAAAUCGAUGAAAAUAACAAAUCUUUGAUUAUUGACUUGUUAUACGAACAUUUCGAAGAACUUAGAUUCAGCGCCAACGUCCUUAUCAAAUGCAUCUCAAAUCCAGGGGAUACUGAAGAAUAUCUCAAUUCUACAUUGAGGCAAUUCAUGAUUUCCUGCAGUUCUUACAUGUUAUUGGUAUCUAAGGGUAUCAAUAGGCCUGAUUAUGUCCUCCAGAGAAUCAUUGAAACAGUAAAUUGUUUAUUAUCCUUUGCGGCCAUUUCCAAAGGAGGCGACGAAUCGAAAUCCCUUGAUUUCAGAAGAGGCAACAGAAUCGUUUCCCGCCAAAUCGAUACAACAAUCAACAUGAUGGAAAGUCCAAAUCCAGAAACAACGCAUUUGGAAGGAUUUAAGCUCGAAAUGAACAACUUUUACAUCACGUUGAUAAAGGUAUUGAUCGAAUGCGUAAGACGUGUUUCUGCUUCUUUAAUUUGCUUGCAUAAAGAUACAUUCCAAGACACAACUCCAAUGUUAACAGUUGCUUACAACAAGAUGAACGAAGCAUUUAAUAUUUGCAGGGAUCACGCGAUCGGAAAGACCAAGAAACCAUUUAUUGACUCAUUCAAGCAAUUAACUUCAACAAUUGAGAUCUUUUCAUCCACACAGAUGGACUAUUCCUUACAGUUUCCUCCAUUACCUAUCAUUGAGGCCAUAACAAAGCUUGUUCAGCAAGUAUCGAAAUUCUUACCUACAGCAGCUCUUGCAACAGAUGUUUUGAUCAUCGAUCCUGAUCCAGUUGCCGCUUCCCGUGUCCCAGAAUUCAACACAAACAUAACUGUUCCAACUUUGACAUCCGAAAUCGCGCCAACCGACGCUUUGGCCGACCAAUCAGCAGCUCUCAAAGCUUAUAAUGAGGCAUUACAGAAAUUCAACCAAGUUUAUUCGAACGAACAAGCGACGAGCGAAGAAUUACUUGACCAAGCUGAGAAAUUCAAGAUUUCCUGCGACAACUACAUCAAGAACUGCAUGAUCAUGGCGCAGGCAACACAAGAGAAAGGUCUCCAAGUUGCACAACAGACAAAUGCCCACGCAAUUGCAGGAUCUGUUGCAGCAAUUAUGACAGCAGUUCGCAGUCGAUUACUUCGUGAAAAAGACUUCAAAGAACAGAUGACAGAAGCCCAAUCCCAGCUGAAAGAUUCAAUCGACAGACAGCAGGAACUUGCAACACAAGGAGCAGCGUAUGUUCCUCCAGAUCCAGAUGCAGAUUUACCAGAUGUUUCAGGUGGUUCUGCAUCAGCUGCACCCGACGAUGAAGUUUCUGCUGAAUUGCAAGCGACAGCAUCAGCAAUUUCUGAUAUGUCAAACAGACUUGCGAUGUUCAGCAACCAAAUUGGAGCUUCAGUUGUCAUUGACGAAGAAAUUCCUGACGACAUCUACAUGGAAGAAGAUGAAGGAGAUCAGGACAAAGAUGAAGGAAACCAGGUCGAAAUCGACAUCAAAGCUGAGGAAGGAUCAAUGGCAGCACACAUCAUUGCAUGCGCAACACCAAUCAUGAUAACUGCUGGAGAAAUUCUAGAGAGAAGCCAACAGAUCUGUCGUGAAAUGCGUGGUAAAAUCCACAACGAAGCAUUCAUCAUUAAAUGCGCUCACGAUGUCACAGAAGCUGCACAGUUACUGAUUAUUGCAGCUGAAAUCGCUGUCAACGGAUCUGAUCCUGACCCAGAGUUUGUCGCAAUCGCUGCUUCGAACAUGGUUAAGACAGCAAUCGCUUCUAUUGUCGCUCAGGUUCUUCAGUCUGGUGGCGACAGCGAGCAGAUGAUGAAGAAGACAAGAACAGUUAGAUUUUACUGUUUGAAGAUCAACCAGAAAUUGGAGGCAAUAGCAAAGCAGAAAUGGAUUGCAGCAAACCCAAUAAAGAAGGGCGCAAAGAUGGUUCAGAAGAUGAACGCUAUGAACGAGUUAAAGCAAUACCAGGAAACAUUAGAUAAUGCUGAAAAAGCAAGAAAGAUGUUCAAGAGGAAAUAA